UAGUGUUUGGAUGUUACGUAGAGGGCUCUGAGAAAUGUUUAUAUUGUGUAAUAGAUGUACCUGGACCUGAGCCCGAAAGACUAUUUCUCAUCAUGAAAAUUGACGUGCAACCAGCUGAACCACGCUCCACGCUAGGGUUCAAACCUGGAGGGGAAAUGAAAUCGACAAAACAAGAACCACGGAGCGAGAAGAAGAAGGCGCUUGUCAAAGAAAGAGAUGCCACGAUGCUGUCUGUUGUGUCAGAGUUCGCUGAUAAAACUUCCCUCAACGGUAUACUGAUGAUCAAGACGUCCAACAGUUUCGGGGCCAGGUUCUUCUGGGUCGUCGUGUUCUUAGCUGCAGUAGGGGCCUUGACAUUUCAUUCGUAUAGCAUUGUUGUGGACUAUUUGAGUUACCAGACUACGACGUCUGUACAACGAACUUUAGACCAAAAUAUCCAGAUGCCCUUUAUAACAAUUUGUCUUGAAAACCCAAUACGGCAAUCAAAGCUGAACGAGACGAAUUCAAUAAUAAUAGAGUAUAUACAGAGAGAGCAAGCCAAGUACGGGAACCCAUCUUCUGAGAGUGUUGUAGAAUACAAGGCUUUGGAAAAUAUUCCCAAUACAACGGGUGAUAUAGUCUAUUAUGGAUUGGAACACCUGAGCAGUGAGAUACGAGCAAAAGUAGGACACCAGCUUGAGGACAUACUUGUAUACUGUGGCGGUACAAACGGUUGUGGCCAAAGUAACAUUACGGUGUUCCAGAAUAUCUACUAUGGAAACUGCUACACUCUGGACACCACAUGGUUUGAGAUUAACGAUGGGACCCAAGGAGGUAUUCUUCUCCAGUUUUUCUUGGAAAUCGAUGAAUACAUUGAAGAGAUACGUGAAAGUAUCGGAUUUAAAAUUAUAUUGCAUGAUCCGAAUUCAAUGCCGAACCCGGAGUUUGAAGGAUUUCAAAUUUUACCAGGAACUCAGUCAAACAUCGCCCUCAGAUUGCUUCAGACGCAGUAUUUACCCCAGCCUUAUGGAGACUGCGUCGACCACAGUAACAGCGAUUACUUUGAGAAUUACGACUACGUCUACACUGAAACAUUUUGCAUGGCUUUGUGCUCCGCGAGAAACGCCCUUGAAAAAUGUCACUGUAAAACAACCUUUUACGACAAUGUGGAUCUGCCUGAAGGAUUUGAAACGGUCGACUACUGUGGCGACAACGAUGAACUGUACCAAUGUUGGAAAAAAGAAGACAAUAGUGAUCCCCCGUGUGAUGAGUGUCAGUCUGAUUGCAGCCUCAAUACGUACAACUACAAGAUCAGCUCCUCCAUUUGGCCAAACUCUAAGGCUCUGAAAGGUUACCUUGAUCAAGUCUGUGGGAAAAUGUCUGCAGACAGGUGCGCGCGACUGAGAAAUCAGUCUGAAUCGGAACUAAGAGAGAAUUUUGUGUCAGCCAACAUCUUCUAUGAAUCAUUUUACGUAGACAGUUUCACUACGGACCCUGCGGUCACACUGACUGAUUUCUUGUGUAACUUCGGCGGAUGUAUCGGCCUGUGGAUCGGACUCUCCAUCAUAAGUGUGUUUGAGGUGGUUCAGCUUGUAACAGAACUGUUUUUGGCAUUUUGCAGAAUUUGUCUGUUGAGUCGACAAGAAUGACACUAAAAUAUGGACAUUUUACGAUAAUGUCAUUAAAACAAAUUAUAGAAUAAUAUUUUUUAAACGUGUCUUUAAUACAA